AUUGGCUGGAGCUGCCUCUCUAUCAAAGCAGGCUCAUUGUUCCAUUGGUGCAAGAUCAGCAAGCGUCUCUGACUCUCGCGGUACUGCUGCACGAAGAUGGCGGCCGAACUGGUGGAAGCGAUGAAUAUGGUCAAAAGUUUCCGGGUCUCAGACCUGCAGACGCUGCUGGCCUCAAUGGGUCGCAGCAAAAGUGGGCUGAAGCAAGACCUGGUGGGGCGUGCGCUGAGGUUAGUGCAGACUGAAUACAGCCCAGAGCUGCUGAAGAACGUCAGGCAGCUCUAUGAGUCACGUUUCCCAAAAACAUCUGGUUGGCUGGCUGCACGGCGUCCAGAGAGCGUCCCAGUUGCCUACUCAUCCCUCAGCUCUUCCCCUACUGCCACCUCUCAGGGCGCAGACUACCUCAACGGCAUUUCCAAACCGAUCCCCACACCUGCAGCAGAGGUGAAGCUAGUGCCACUGCCCUUCUACCAAACUUUAGAGACACUGCUGCCACCAACAGAGCUAAUUGCCCAGAACAGUGAGAAACUGCAGGAUAGUCAAUGCAUCUUUGAGUUAACACCCAGCCAAGCAGACCAGAUCCGAAAUGCAAGUGAACUUCGUCCAGGAAUCCGAUCAAUCCAAGUAGUUCUUAGAAUCUGUUACACAGACUCCAUUGGUGUUCAGGAGGACCAGUAUCCUCCCAACAUAGCUGUCAAAGUCAAUCAGUCCUAUUGUCAUGUGCCGGGAUAUUACCCCUCCAAUAAGCCUGGUGUUGAACCUCGUCGUCCUUGUCGUCCUAUAAAUAUCACUCCAUGGCUGCACCUCUCCAAUGUCACCAACAGAGUUACCAUCACCUGGGGAAACUUUGGAAAGCGAUACUCUGUGGCAGUAUAUUUAGUGAGGGUCUUCACUGCAGCAGAUCUCUUCAGCCAGCUUAAACUCUGCUCAGUUGAAAGUGCAGAACGCUGCCGUGAACGCAUACAAGACAAACUACGCUUUGACCCAGAGAGCGAAAUUGCGACCACAGGCCUCAGAGUGUCUCUCAUCUGUCCACUGGUGAAGAUGCGGCUUGGGGUGCCAUGUCGAGUGUUAACUUGUGCCCACCUUCAGUGUUUCGACGCGGUCUUUUUCCUUCAGAUGAAUGAAAAGAAGCCCACAUGGACUUGCCCAGUGUGUGACAAGCCCGCUCCAUUCGAGCUUCUCACUAUUGAUGGGCUGCUAUCUGAGAUCCUAAAAGAAACGAGCGAGGACAUCGAGGAGAUAGAGUACUUAACAGACGGUUCCUGGCGACCCAUCAGAGAUGAGAAGGAGAGGGAGCGGGAAAGAGAACGCAGUAAUACACCAGACUACCCAGUUGUUGAUAUAUGCAUUCCUGAAGCAAAUGGCCAUUCACCAGCCCACAGCAGCACUAGUCUGACGGCCAAGUCUGGAAGCAGUUCUGUGGGGAUGCCAGGAGUCACAGGAGCACCUGCUGUGGCACCAGGAGGAGGUGCGGUGGUAGAUCUGACUCUUGACUCUUCCUCUGAGGAGGAGGGGGGCGGGGCUGGAGGAGACAGUGAGGACACUGAGGACAGCGCCGACAGUCCUGCCCCAAAGAGGGGCCGAUACAACUACGACAAGGACCUGGUCACUGCCUACUGACCCCACAGCUCUGUCCCCUCGUAGACUGACACACACACAGAGACAGAGAGGCAGGGGCCUUAAAACGUGAGGACAGGAACACAGUAAUCAACUAGAUGCAACAACCCUCCUUUUUUGCCCCAACAUCAGAGCCUUUUAGCAGCUCUGGUUUAUAUCCAGGCAGACAAACACGCACUCAAACAUGCACUGUCAUUGGUUCUUCAGUCUAGAGUGAUAAGGAUUCCUCUUUGUACUGUACACCACUGGAAGCUACUCUUACACUUCUUGGUCAAUUGUCACCCUACAGUGAACAUCUGUACUGUCCUGCCUCUGCUAAAGAGACUGAAUGGAUUGAGCACCCCACCACAGCCACAGCCCUUGCUUCUCUCUUACCAGACUAUUCCCUGUACCACCCAUCUCUCUUUGUAUAUGACUUGGAAUUACUGGCUCUUUUAGCCAUGGGCGUUCAAUGUUGCGUCUCUGAUUUUUGUCACAUUUGUGAUGCACAGGCAAGUUGAAAAUGGAAGCUCCUCAGUAGUUUUUGGUAGGUGAAAAACAAAUGAAAAGGCAAAUAAAAAAUUUGGGGGAGGACAAGGCAGAGAUAUCUGGAGUGUGAUGCAAAUUUUAAACUCUCCUAUUUUGUUCUUUGUUCAUUCAAAUGAAUUCAAAGCUUGAAAGGGUUUUUUUCAGGAAUUUAUCAUUUUUAUUAUGAAAUGGCAGGACAUGAUACUGGCUUCAGUGUGUGAUUUCCAUUUUAUUUUGUCCUUAGAUAAAGAACCUACCUCAGUCAUAAAAACUUGGCAGACUGACCAGAGAGUAGCUUUGAAAGAAGUGGAAGAAGACAGAAGAAUUGACGAGUCUUUCUGAAUCCAAUUUUACACUGGAUAUAGUGUUUUCCUGCAUUUUGUUGUUGUUUUUUGUUUUGUUUUUGUUUUUUUGUUUGUUUUUUUUUAAUUCCACUGCUCCGUGCAGCUCUGAUCCCUCUGUAGCACAAAAAAAAAAAAAUCUUGGUUGAAGGUGAGUUAGUUUGUGAAUAACCAGGCUAACUGUAGAAGUCAGUGAUACAAAAACUUGUUGGGAACUGUUCCGCUCUGUAAAACUUUAUUGCAGUUGUGUCUUUAACAGGAUCUGUUAGGAUUGAUAUCUCAGAAUUCCACAUGGAUCUAACUCGUCAGAAUUGCUGUGCGGCAGCUGUGCCAAAGCAGGUAUCUUUUAAGAGCUCACUGAGGGGGAAAUGGUUGUGAGGUGCCUUUUUUGUUAAAGUAGUAAAGAGUGAAGCCUGUGGUUUUAAGGCCAGUUGAGCUGGCCAUUAGGUGGGGACCCCAGACUGUGAGAACAUGUUUUAAUCAAUAUUUUCCCGUCAGAGAAGUGGACAGAAUAGGGUUACAAAGUCAUCAUUUUAUCCCAUAUUACUGUGUCCUGCUUUGAAAGUAUCAUAUUUAUUUAAAUACUUUACAUUCUCUUAACAGUUUGUGGUAAAUCUACAUAAUACUUGGUUGUAGUUUUUGUAUAGACUGUAGCUGUUGAUUGCAGGAAUCAGGGCACCUCUGCUGCUGGGAUUUGGUGUGGAGAUAUAUAUCGAUCUGUGCGCAUGGCUCUGCUGUUGAACGCUGCUUUUCUUUUCCACUGAAUGAAUGCGACCUGGGUCAAAGCACCAUUCAGAGUAUUUUGCUGCAGUGGGUUCAACAUGUCUGACACAACAUAACUUAAUGAAGUGUCAUUGAGUGCAACCCCACCAAGUUGAAAGUCAUUGAUUGGAUUACAAAUAGUCGUGUCGGGAACAAGCAGAGAAGCUUCAUCCAGCAACCCCUCUUGGCCUCCUUUCAAUGUAGAUAAGGUCAGAUCUAUUUGCUGGAAUAGAAUUGGACUUUAAUUGCUACAUGCUGUAGGCUUACCACUUAAAUUCCUCUGCACCUGCACUAAUAUUGUCCAUAUGUGAUUGCUGCUCCACAGAUAGUGAUCAGUGUUUUCUUUAGGUUAACUGCUUGUGGGUGGUGUGAUCAGCUGAAAACAACCCCGCCCUGUUGUGUCCAUUCUGGAAUUUAUUUCUGUAUAGAUAAAAAAUUAAGUUUAAUUGUGGCCUGAGUUUUACCAAGUUCUGUAUUGUUCAAACAAAAAAUUUAUUUAAGCUUGCAGCUAACCUUGCACUGAGCCUGUCAGUCUGAUAGGCCCAGUGCAAGUAAUAUUGGAUCAAAUCCUGUCCUCAUGUGCUUGUUCAGUGUUGCAGCUGAAACAUUAUUAGCAGCAGAGCUGCUAGUGCUCAGGCCAUGAGUGGCUUCCUCCUUUACAGCGUGUACAGUAACAAGGGUUGCUGUGUUUACUUCACCCUUGUGCUCCACUCUGUGCCACCCCCACUAAGGCUGCAGUAAGAGACACUGGGCAUGUGCAGGCUUUAGGUUUAUCUGCAGGGUGAUCGUUAGUGUUGGUUUCAGAAAAACUGUUGCUGUGUUGCUAGAGCUGUUUGCACUUUCAUGUGACACAUCAAUACUUACUCAUGGUCUAUUUAUUUCAAAAGCCCUCAUGUAAUGAGUGUUAAAAGAUCCCUGCCGAUCGUGACGAGUUCCGGUCGUCCAUCUUGUGCAUAAAAAUCAGAAAAUGUGAAGGUGGAAAUAAUCCCACUCCACCAUGACCGACUGGGGGGUUAGGGGCUCGAAGGCAUUCUGCAUGCUUUACUUCCCUUUGUCAGCACGGGAUUUCUGUUGACUUGCUCACAUGCGCCGAAAUGACAUUUACACAUCGAUCUGGGGCCUCACUGUUCCAAGUGCAUCCUCUGACACGGCUGAUGAUUGAAAAAGUAGAUGGAGUCAAAUCUGGUCUUCCAUUUUUCUUCUUUUGACGGCUCACAAAAUCAAUAUACAGAUGAAACUAUUUUUGGGAAUCCACACAAGAUUGAUUGAUGGCACUUUGCCUCUAAUACAUCAGUGUGUCCCUGAAAAGCUAUUUAAGGUGCUUUGAAGCAAAAUAUUGUAAAGAACUCUAAUAGCUGCCUUUUAAAUAGGCAGUUUGUAUUUGUAAGUAACUGCUAUACACAUGAAAAUGGCGUUUUUCAUUUGUUGCUAGGUAUAGAAGGUCAUUUUUUUGCGUGGAUCUCCUAAACUUCUCAUUGCCUUAUGGUUAAAGAUGGGAGACGGUAUAGGUUGUUGCUGUGGAACUGAGCCAGGUAAGUUUGCAGUUUGGGAGCCAGAGAGAGAGCUGAAGGUCUGGUGUUCUUGUAGUGGCAUCUCUUCUUGUAAUAAUGCAUAAGGUAGCAUGGGCAGAGGCUUACAAUCCAUGAUGUAAAUGUUUUUGUUUUUUUGUUUUGUUUCUUUUUUAUAUAUAUGUUCAUAUUAAAAGACAAUAAAAUUUAAAUAAUAUUUUAUUAA